AUGCCUGCUGCAACGGAUGAUUAUGUGUUGGGGCGGGACCUGCAUGGCUCAAUCAGAUUAGAAGCCCAGCACCUUUUGUUUAAGAUGCACAAUGGUUAUGCGUUGAACCCCAAAAUACCUAUUUCUUCAGAUAUGAAAAUUGCCGAGAUAGGGACGGGAACAGGAUCUGCAAAUCAAUUCCCCCCCGCAUCCCUUUGUCCACCAAAUCUGACGUUUGCUACACUUGAUGCAUUUGGCGAUGUUCCUGCACAUCUUGUUGAGACAUAUGAUGUCGUCCACUUGCGAUUUUGGUGCGCCAUUAUUAGAGGCAACGACCCAGGUGCGCUUAUCCGCCACGCUAUAAGGCUACUGAAGCCUGGGGGAUACUUGCAGUGGGAGGACGCAGACAUGGGGAAACCGAUUAUGCGAGGAGACGAAGCAGAGGCCUUUCAUAAACUUGGCAUGUCGGUUCUCCGGACCUUUAAUGUCUUGUUAGACUGGAUUGGAGAUAUUCCAAAACUUGUCGCGGACCAUGGAUUAACAGUUGUAGAUAGCGCAACUAGUACUUUCGACUCUACUUUGGUACCUCUUACUAUCAGCACAUAUCUGGCUGGUUGGGCUGAGCUUUUCCAGUUAGUAGGCAAGACCAAAGAUCCAUCCCUUCCAACAGCCAGUGAGUGCCAGAGGGUUUUACUGGAACUAGACGCGGGUGUUAAACAUGGGGCACUGUACUAUUGGUUGCCGGUGAAUCUGCUUGCUCGGAAGCCCAGUACAGAGUAG